CGCGGAUAGGAAAAGACGCACCGCUCGUCUAUUGGACCAGAAGCAGAGUGGGCGCAUGUAAGCGUCUGUCCAAGCCUGGAGACUUUGCCUUUGUUUUUUUCCAGGGACGGGAGACAAGAGGGUCCAAGACAAGUACACAUCUGAAAGCGGUAUAUGUGAGGCAACCGGGGGCUGCGAGUCAAGCCAUGGACGCGCUGUUGGCGUUAUUAUAGGCUGUCGGUGACCACAGGGCGUAAAGUUUCCGCUACUGUCUUGUUGUGUUUUUUGUUUUUUGUUGUCCUUUGUGUUGCGUUUUUUUUUCUUUAUCUUCAAGCCGCAUGAGUUCACCGCUGUUUUUAGGUCAGCUGGUCGGGGUUCCGUUAGAGAUAAUGCACCCCACCAUGGAAAAAGACACAACUUACACCAAGAUUUUCGUCGGCGGGCUUCCUUAUCACACCAACGACGCUUCACUUCGGAAAUAUUUCGAGACUUUCGGGGACAUCGACGAGGCUGUGGUGAUCACGGACAAACAGACGGGAAAAUCCAGAGGAUACGGCUUUGUGACCAUGGUGGACAGGGGGGCGGCAGAGCGAGCGUGCAAAGACGCAAACCCCAUCAUCGACGGCAGGAAGGCCAAUGUGAACCUGGCGUACCUGGGGGCGAAACCUCGCAGCUCACAGUCAAGUCUUUCUGUUGGAGUUCAGCAAGUCCAUCCUACGUGGGCUCAGAGGCAGUAUGGGCUCACUCAGCAGUACGUCUACCCCCAGACGUUCCUCCAGCCCAGCCUGCUGCUCCAUUCUCACCUCAGCCCGACAGCAACGGCGCUCACCUCCCCUUACCUAGACUACAGCCCCACCUACACACCCUAUGCCUCCACAGGACUGGAGCAGUACCCCUACACCCCAUCGCCGUCGCCCUCUGCUGGCUACCUCAGCUACACCUUCUCCCCCAGUACCCCAGCGCCCACUAUCACGGCAUCACCAACCCCUCCGGCUGCCAUCCAUCCUCCUCUAGCUACACUCACUGCCAUGUCUGCUGCACCGCAGGCCUUCCUCCACUACCCUCUGCACCAGCCGGACCGCAUGCAGUGAGCGGCUCUGAGCAUGGCUGCAGCUGCUGACCUGAUGAUUCGAAACAGCGUGACUGUUGACCUGUGACAUCAUCAGGAUGAGACUAGAAGUGGAAGAGAGUGUGAUAUAAUCAAAAGGGCUUCUCAAGAGCACUCUAGUUCCUGUUUUUUUUUAUUAUUGUUGUUGUUGUAAUAGUUAAAGAAAACGUUCUAUUACUAUUGUCAUCAGCAUACACUCUGAAUGUUUUUCAUCAGUGGCAGCACUCAGAGACUGGAAUUAGACGACUGGUAAUUUUCUGGAUGUUUCUCUUGACGCUGAGUUUGGAGGCAGUCUGACUUCGGGGUAAAGACAACGAGGAAAUAUGUUUGACAUGAUGCUGUGGUUGCAGUUUCUCCAAAGGUACUGAGCUGAAUGCUGGGCUCUAGCCAAGCUGGGAGUCAGUUCCUCCUUCAGAAACACAGCUCCAAUUACCUCCUCUUCAAGGUUAACUUUCUGUCUAUGGCCUUAGAGAUCUGUCUCUGUACUUAGUUCAUUUUGUCAUUUUUAUUAGUCUCACAUGUGAAACAAACAAAAUGUUUAUUGUACUCCCUUUUCUUCCUUUUCUCCACUGCUGGCAAUUUGUUACAUAGUAAUUACCACAGAAUAUGCAAUAUUAAUGACAGAGGUGGAACAUUAAUAAGGUAGACAACACUGGUGUAAUAUUUUUGUGUAAUGCUACUGCUAGAUUGUCACUCUGAGAUCGACUUUCUUAACACUUCAAGCAUAUUAGCCAUCACAUGAAGUUCCUGUAGCUGCUUUGUAGGCUUUCUCAACUUUUGCAGCAAGAGCAUCUUCGGAGUCGGUCUUUAUUCAGUUACUUAGGUGUCAAUACAGAUCAGGUAAAUGUAUUUGGAUGUGGAUGUCCAAAAGUGUGUGUAUGUCCAUGUUUGGUCUCUGUGAGUGUCAGUGAGUGAGAGACAUACGGUAUAAUGCAGUAUAUGCUGGUGUCAGGUCUGAGCUUCUUUUCUAGCCUCUUGUACUGAUCAGAGUUGUUUCUUUGUUUUUGUUUUUUCCUCGAAUGCAGAAAUCAGAGAGAUUCUUUAGUCGUGAUACUGCAGUUUCCUGGUGCCGCGGCAUCGUCUUAGUAGUCUUAAAACAAGCCAUACAUCACAUCUUAAACAAAUAUGCAAAAAUAAAAUGAAUAUUUCUAAAUGAGAUGUGCUAUCUUUUUCUUAAGCAGGUCAAAUCUGAGUACUUCUGGACAGUACAUACACCAGCAGCAGCAUGGAAAAUUGACAUUUCAUUAUGUCACUGAGCUGCUUUACACUGGUGAACUGGAAACCUGCUGAAGGCAUGAAGGCAAUAGAUUUUACAAAAUAUGUUAAUUACCUUUCUUACAAUGAAAAAUAAUCACCCUUGGCCAGCCAAUCACAGCCAGUAGAUCCACAUUAUGUCUCACUUGUUUAGCUACAUUUGGCCUCAAGAAAGCCUGCCUUUUUCUCCUUUUGUUCUCAGUGUUAAACUAAGCAUUUACUUUAUAUUUACUGCACAGCACUGAUGUGUUUUGUUUAAUAAUCCAAAAGACCAGUGCUUCUCAAACUGUGGCACACAGAGCAGAAAAUAUGGAAUAAAAUGAAUGUAAUGUGACUUCCGUCGAGAAAGUAAACAGGAAUUUCUGACUUUUA